AUGUCAAACAGCUUGAACAGUCAACUGAACUCCUUUUUUUUAGAUCAGUCGAUAGGGCAAGACGUGAAAGAAACGAAUUUUAUCUCAGAAUUUUUUACAUCAGAUGCAGUGUUAAGUCUAUGUAAAGAGCGAUCUGUCUCUCAAUUUCCUACAUCACAAUAUGGACUGACUCAAUGUGAGAAAUCACUAAUUCUUUCAUAUCAAAGGAGUGCUUUGAAUAUGCCACAAACCCUGUCGUUGGACUUUUUGAAUAAGCAGACGCAAGUCUUACGCACCAAACUACAAACGUUUGAGACGACAAAUAAAGGAAAGGACCAAUUGUUUCAAAAUAACACUGAGGUCACCGUUUACUAUAAUUGUUCUAUUUAUAAAGCUAAAGUGUUAUUAGUGUUUCCACAGAAAAAUCGAUACUUAGUCCGCUUGGCAAAAUCAACAUGGAAAAAUAAUGAGACCAAAGUCGUCACCGUUCCUCACACUAAUAUCCUCUCAGGUGAUUUCGACGAACGAAGUUUGGCUUCUAUCGCAUGCGCUGUACGUCAUUGUAGAACUUUCCAGGGUACUAUGACCCUCGUGAAGAAAUAUCCACAACUCGACUUCACCCCUAGAGCUAUCUAUAGACCUCAAGUAAAUAUGCCCCCGUUGGACUUCAAAAAAACAACUCCUCUGCAAACUUCUUCGGCGUAUGAACGUCUUUCGCAGAUCGUCAAGACCGAACGGAGGAUUUCCAGCGAGAAACAAAGUGAAGAGAAAAAGCCAAGAAAAAGCGAGAAGGAAAAAAAUAAAAAAGACGGAGUCUGUGAGGAGGCAAUCCAUUUGGCAGAAAUCAUGAAAACUCUCAUUUGCGAAAUCACCACAACUAUUCAAUCGAAAAAGUUCAUCACAAAAACACAAAGAAAUAAAUUGAUCAAAAAACUCCCUGAAAAAUUCAGAACAAACCAACAGGUCGAGACCUUCUUUAACAUCGCUAUGGGUUUGGAAUAA